CCAGGUAACAGGUGCGAGCCGAGCGGUUGCGGGAGAUGCGGGGUUGCGUCGCGCACGUCGUCCGAACAGCUUCGACUGGAGCCGCUCGGCAACAGGAAGAGGAAGAACUCACGUUAGCUCGUUAGCUCGACGGCAGAAGCCACGUUGCUAAGCGUAAAGUUUUAACGCUGCCAGUUAAACUUCUCACGGGGACAAAUCUGCAAAUACGCAGUUAAAGUGCUGUCGGAAGAAUAGUCACACGGAACAACACCCCGGGUAACCUGGAUUCUUUUUCUGGCCGAUCCGCAACGCUCACAGCACCUUGCAGACUGCCACCUCCGCGCUCUCUCUGCAGAAGGACGCGAACAAGAUAACCAAAGGGGACUGUCGAUGUCAAAGAAAAAGAGUGCCUGUAUGACCUUUUGAGCCACUGUUUAGCUUCGGCGAAGACCUCAUGAUGUCAUAGGAGCAAAUCGCAUUAGUCUGAGACGUGACAAAGGGUUGUCAUAUUUUUUAUAUUGGCCAUUGUGAAUGUACAAACGCAGCACUUGGACUUAGAAAGCCAAGAUACACGAAGGAUACGUAAAGAAAGCUCAGGAUUCUCAUUGCAGCAGGGAUAAGUGUACGUUGAGAAAGAAAAAUGAGAGUUUAUGUUUUGGUCACAUAUUUGAUUUAUUUAUUCAAAUGAAUUGUUAGUUUCUCCCUUUUUUGGAGAGUUGUCUUGUACAUAGACAGAAUUCAUACACAAGAGGUCUGAACGUCAGAUUGUGUACACAGAACAUUUUUUCAAAAAGAAAAGAGGUGAAAAAGUUUUUAUUUUUUCAGCUUUUACUUUUUUUUUUUACACAAGGGUGCAUUAAACAAAACCUAUAAGGGAAAUAAAGGGUAAAUAUCAAUUUUCCACUGGAAGGAAAAUUUCUAGAAAACAUGGCUACAGCAAGAACGGCAAACCCAGCACCAAUGAUUCCAUUGAAUAAAGCAGCAAAUGGACAGUUCAGAGGACAGACCAGGCCAGCGGUGCCACAGCCAGGACUACUUUCAACUUCCCAACAGUCCUGUGCCCCCCAGAAAAGGAGCAGCGUUCCUCAGAACAGUGGGGGCAUCAAGUUUGGUGAUGACUGGAAGAAGUGCCUGGAACUUCCCGCAAAAGACACCAGAAUGAAAACAUCGGAUGUGACAUCAACUAAGGGGAACGAAUUUGAAGACUACUGCCUAAAGCGGGAACUUCUAAUGGGAAUCUUUGAGAUGGGAUGGGAGAAACCCUCCCCUAUCCAGGAGGAAAGCAUCCCCAUUGCUCUGUCAGGCAGAGACAUUUUGGCUCGGGCCAAGAAUGGUACAGGAAAAAGUGGAGCCUACCUCAUCCCCAUGCUGGAGAGGAUAGACCUGAAGAAAGAUCACAUCCAGGCCAUGGUGAUGGUGCCGACCAGAGAGUUGGCCCUGCAGAUGAGCCAGAUCAGCAUUCAGCUCAGCAAGCACCUCGGGGGCGUCAAGGUUAUGGCGACCACGGGUGGCACUAACUUGAGGGAUGACAUCAUGCGCCUUGAGGAGAUAGUGCAUGUAGUGAUCGCAACACCGGGCAGGAUUCUUGACCUGAUUAAGAAGGGUGUGGCAGUUGUGGAUAAGACCCACAUUAUGGUGAUGGAUGAGGCAGAUAAAUUGCUGUCCCAGGACUUCAUAGUCCUGAUUGAAGAUAUUAUCAGCUUCCUGCCAAAGCACCGUCAGAUCCUGCUUUACUCUGCCACCUUCCCCAUCAGUGUGCAAAAAUUCAUGAACAAACACCUGCAGAAGCCAUAUGAGAUCAACCUGAUGGAGGAACUCACCCUGAAGGGCAUCACACAGUACUAUGCCUAUGUGAAUGAAAGGCAGAAGGUCCACUGUCUCAACACGCUAUUUUCUAAACUUCAGAUCAAUCAGUCGAUCAUCUUCUGUAACUCUACCCAAAGAGUUGAGCUUCUGGCUAAGAAAAUCACCCAGCUGGGCUAUUCAUGCUUCUACAUCCAUGCAAAGAUGAUGCAGGAAUACAGGAACCGUGUGUUCCACGACUUCAGGAAUGGAUUGUGCAGAAACCUGGUCUGCACAGACCUUUUCACUCGGGGAAUCGACAUCCAGGCAGUAAACGUGGUCAUCAAUUUUGACUUCCCCAAAAAUGCAGAGACCUACCUGCACCGCAUCGGCAGAUCAGGACGUUUUGGUCACCUGGGUCUGGCCAUCAAUCUGAUAACUUCAGAAGACCGCUACAACCUGAAAACUAUAGAGGAUCAACUGGUCACUGACAUUAAGCCCAUACCCAGCAGCAUCGAUAAGAGCCUGUACGUGGCAGAGUUUCACUCCGUUGACCCAGAUGACGAUGACGGUGACGGAAGAGCCAAAAACGAGGAACUGGGAGCAGCCUGAACGAAUGGGGGGAAAACGUGGCACCUGGCAGUCAUCACACAAUACCAUCUAUGCAUCAAGACUCCCAAGUGAAGAUUUUUAUUUCCCACUUUGCAAUCAGAAUGGCUUAGUUAAUAUUUCUUUUGAUUUAUAGCAAACUCAAGUUCUGUCUGCGCAUACGCUAUUGAACCGGUCUGUACCACACAGAAAACUGCCAAUUUAACUUUCUGCCACACUGCCAAAGGCGGUCUUUGUACGUGUCACUGCACAGCCACUCUUUACAAUAGAUGGAAGUUGUAAUAUAAAAACGUGAAACGAAAGGUGAACUUAAGGGCUAGAACUCGGUUGACAUUCCUGAUGUACACAUUAACUACAUGCAAUGUGCCUUUUGAGCAUAUCGUUUAAAGGAAAACUGCACAAAAGUCUACUCAGUGGCCACUUUAUUAGGUCCAACCACCAGCACCACAACAGACUGAAUUCGGAAUGUCGCGUUGUUUCAACAAGGUGCUAGAAACAUUCCUAACAGAGACUACCUCAUGGUGACAGGAUAGCGUCACGCAGUUGCUGCAGAUUUGUCCGCUCACCUCGAAGGUCCUCCAUCACCAAUGGUUUUCCUGUUAGACUUUGGGGGCCAUUGGAAGGAGACUCAUCGGGAUGUUAUCCUGAUGGAAAUAGCCAUUAGUAGAUGGGUAGACUGUGGCCACAGAGGGAUGCACAUUAGUCAGAAAAUCCCAGGAGAAACAGCACCAACAAUCAUUCCACAGCAAAGUCACUUAAGAUCACAUUUCUUCCCCCAUUGUGACUUUUUGUUCCGAACCACUAAAUAUUUGGACCAUGUUUGCACGUGUUACUCUUGAAAUAUUGGGAAAAUAUUUGCAUAAACUAAAAGUUGGAUCUGAUUAUGUGGCCACUGAGUGUAGUCAUUUUUAGGACCAUCAUUCCCAUUGCUUUGAAAAACUUUUUCCUACUACAACUUCAUUUUUGUGUUUUGUUGAGUGGGAAUGCAGCUGUAAAAUGAGGCAGAUUGCAAACGCAGUCGUAGGUAAACCAAAAUUUCUGCUUUUAAGAAGGGAACCAAAGAUUCAGGGAAAGAUAAAUAAUUUCAUAAGUUUAUAUAUAUAUAAAAGGCUUCAGGCGCCAAAAUGACCAUGUUGUUCUGAAGGAUGUUUCAGAGGGCUACUUUCGUGCUCUUGCUUUCAAGUGUUUACUACAGAAUUAUGGUAUUUGGAUGUUAUGGUGUAAAGUCAUUGACACUAGUACUUUUUGUAAGUCCGUAAUGAAUUGUGAAGAAUCUUUCAAAUCCCUUAAAAGCAAAUGCACUGGGGAGCAUAUUCUCAGGGCGAGAGGUUAUCGGCAAUAAACAAAACAAGAUGACCAGCCUUAGUUGAAAUCGGCCAACAUUUUCAGGCUUCUUAGUUUAGUUGGUGUGCAUUCUCCCCUACAAAGUGCCUUAGUCAAAUGUCUAACUAACCUUUACUUUGCCCCGGCGUUUUGUCGUCGGUAAAACAGUUUCAUGUCAAUUUUAAAAGCACAGUUAUGCUCUAAAAUGAUUUUUAGUUUCCCCCAGUUGUAACCAUGACAUUUGUCUUAUUGCAACUCUGACCAACUAGAGUUGCUCUUGUGGUCGGAAAUAUUACAACCUUUGACUUUCUUGACAUCUACUCUGAAAUUUCUAGCAGACGUACAGUAUUUUGUUGCAUAUUUGGCUGAUUAUUGCAGUAUCACCAAGCACCAGCAGGGAAGGGACCCACAUGUGCCCUCUCCAAAAGAAUCCAAAGUAGUAAUAAGCUCCAACAUUUCUUCAUGUGUGGCAGUGCUGUUUAUAGCAAAUGUGCAGGCAAUGCUUGAAUCAAUAAUUUCACGUGAUAGAAAAAGAAUAAUUGAGACGUUUUUCCAAGUGGGUUUCUAGCCUGCAGCCAUUUUUUCCCGUGACUGCAUUGUGGAGAAAGAAACACCUUCAUGAAUUGAUGACCAGAUGUUUUGUAAAGCAGAGAGACCAGACAACCAAGACUUACCUGAAGUUUGUCAAUGCCAGCUCCUCGAAUGAAUUAAAAGUCCAACUGAAUGACA